CAUGGCUUACCAUAAAGAAGGUCAGGGCACGAAGCACAGACUCAAGGACCCAGGAAACCUGAGGUCAUGAGGCUGGGAUUCGUCUGUGCUCUGCUUUCUCUCCUGGCAGGGCACAGCUGGGCAGACACCCGAGCCAUCGGGGCCGAGGAAUGCCGCCCCAACUCACAGCCCUGGCAGGCUGGGCUCUUCCACCUCACCCACCUCUUCUGUGGGGCGACCCUCAUCAGCGACCGCUGGCUGCUCACAGCUGCCCACUGCCGCAAGCCGUAUCUGUGGGUCCGCCUCGGGGAGCACCACCUCUGGCAAUGGGAGGGUUCGGAGCAGCUGUUCCGGGCCACAGACUUCUUCCCUCACCCUGGGUUCAACCAGGACCUCAGCGCCCAAGACCACAAAGAUGACAUCAUGCUGAUCCGUCUGCCCAGGAAGGCACGUCUGGGACCUGCUGUGCAGCCCCUCAACCUCAGCCAAACCUGCGUCUCCCCGGGCACCCAGUGCCUCAUCUCAGGCUGGGGGGCCGUGUCCAGUCCCAAAGUGCGGUUCCCACUUGCGCUGCAGUGUGCCAACAUCAGCGUCCUGGAGCCCAGACUCUGCCACUGGGCGUAUCCAGGCCACAUCUCAGACAGCAUGGUCUGUGCCGGCCUGUGGGAGGGCGGCCGGGGCUCCUGCCAGGGUGACUCUGGGGGCCCGCUGGUUUGCAAUGGGACCCUGGCCGGUGUGGUGUCUGGGGGCUCAGAGCCCUGCUCCGAACCCGGGCGCCCCGCCGUCUAUACAGCUGUAUGCUACUACCAGGACUGGAUCCAAAAGACCAUGAAGGACAUCUGAGCCCUCGUGCCUUGGAUGAGCAGGACAGGGGCGUGGGCGCAGGGUAGGAGAAUUGCAAGACUCCAGUCUCAGUGGUCUCCGCCCUUGGCCUCAGCUGCUCUGGAGACGCCUUCUGGAUAUUCAAGUUCCCACAUUCGGGAUAUUUAGACCCAGGCUCCAGCGAAAUACAUAGCCACGCCCCUUGGAAGGAAAGAGGAGACACCUCUACCCCUCUCAGCUCCAUCCCUAUGACGUCACCAAGAACGGGCACUGACCCCAUGGAACAGCAUCACCUGUGGCUCCACCGGAGUAACGACAGCCACUAAAUAGCUCCUCCUCUCCGAGCUUUGCCCAGUGAUAUUUCCCCUCUGAGCUCCACCCCUUGCGGCCCCGCCCCCUUCGUCAGAGGUCCCGCCCCUGUGACGUGACGGGCACGGUAGCUCUCCCCACGUGGAACUCAAGGCACCGUGUCGGGCUCCGCCCGUCGUGGCCCCGCCCUAGGCGUGUCCAGGGUUUGAAUCCUGGCGGGGACACGACCCGAAGAAGUUGGGAGAGGGUGUCGAUCCCUUCCGAUCCAAGGGAUGCUUUUACAUUAAACGUGCAGAACCGCGCCUUCCUUCUGCCUGCUUUGUGGGAUAAAGGAAGGGCAACGGGUGGGCGGUGGAGGGCAGAGAGGGAACCGCCACUGCUUUGCAAUUCCCUUUAAAGCCCCGAGUCGCUCCUGCCUGAAGUCUGUCUCCAUCAGCCCGAUUGCAGCAAGGCUCCUGGGUGCUGCUUGGGUUGGUCCCGUCCCCGCCCCGAGGGAAGGGGAAAUCAGGUCAAGGUGCCUCCCAAACCUGCCUUCCCAGAUCCUGGACCUCUCAGGGGGCAGCGGGCGGGGCCGACCCGCCCUCUGAA